AUGGAGGCCCCCGCGCUGCUCCGGGUCUGGGUGCUGGCAGCCAUGGCUCUGGCAGCGUCCUCGGUCACCCUCCCCGACCACCGUGUCUCCUCCGACACUGGGACUGUCUUUGUCCACGAGCUGGAGCAGGAGCUGUUCCAGGAGGCCUUUCUCAUGGAGCAUGAGGAUGAUGAUGGUGCCCCCCCCAUCACCUUCCAAGCCCACCUCCAGGACCACCCAGACCUGCCACGGUGGCUGCGGUAUGUCCAGCGGGACCCCCGCCAAUCAGGCUACCUCUAUGGCUGCCCCACGGCCACCGAGGUGGGCACCCACACCAUCGAGGUGCUGGCGUACAACCGGCACACCUACGAGACGGUGGCACAACGCCUCGUCAUCACCAUCGUCCCUGCUCCAGGCGGGGAGCCACCAUACCAGGGCGAGUUCCUGGUGGGCAACAGGAACGUGGAGGAGCUGCUGCCGGCGGCCGUGCGGGACAUCUUCCUCCAGGCCACGGCCGGCGUGUGGGAGCGGGAUGACCUCCACGUCAUCAACGUCACCUCUGCCCUGGACCGCGGCGGCCGCGUCCCGCUGCCCAUCGAGGGGCGCAAGGAGGGGGUGUAUGUGAAGGUGGGCUCCCACGGCCCCUUUUCGCCGUGCCUGGCGUCAGCCGCCUCACCGCAGAGCAGAUUCCGCUGCAGCCUGGGCCAGCAGCCCCUUGCCUCCUGCUACGACACCUUCGCCCCCCACUUCAGCAUCCACUGGUGCAACCUCUCCCUGUUGCAAGUUGAGCCCAGCCCCACGGCACCAGCCCCAGUGUGGGGUUCUGGGGUGCUAGAGGACGGUGGGGAUUUCCAGCCCCCCACCGAGGCUGCCCCCCAGGACCUGCUGCCUGGCUACCUGGUGACGCUGCUGGUGCCGCUGGCGGUGGCCGCGCUGCUCUGCCUGCUCCUGGGCCACCUCAUGUGCUGCCGCCGGGAGGGAGUGCAAAAACGGGACUUGGCAACAUCUGACAUCCAGCUGGUCCACCACACCACCAUCCACGGGGACACGGAGGAGCUGAGGCAGAUGGCCACCAGCCGGGAUGUCCCAAGGCCCCUUUCCACCCUCCCCAUGUUCAACGUCCGCACGGGGCAGCGCAUCAAUCCCAUGCCUGGUUCCCCGGAGGGUGCCCGUGUCCCCCUCCUCCCGCAGUGAGCUGGGGUGGCGGAUACCCCAGUGAUACCUGGAUGAUGCCAGGAGUGAGGAGACAAUCCCAGGGAUGGAUGAAGAAUGCUUUUUGGGGGAUUUUGUGAGGGGACAAAAGCCCAGCAGCAGGCAGAGCCCAGCUGGACGGGCAGCCACUCAUCCGGCUGGGCUCUGUGUGCUGCUGGGCUGUUUGCUGGAGUGUCUAGGGGAUGACACACACACUACACCUCUCACCUCACCUGUCCUGAUGAAACCCUUAAAUAAGAGCCUUGGGAAUGUGUCAGUCCUUUUUUUCUGAGGGGGGAAUAAGCUGUUUUCUUCCUGCUUUUCAGGCAAUGUGGGUGGCUGCACUGUUGUCAUCUCCCUGGUGCGGUCCCCACUGCAGGAUAGGGGCUGCAGGGUGGGUUUUAGCUGAUAA